GGCUGCUGUUGCACCAUAGUGAAUCGAGGAUAUGAAGAACGUAGCAGCAAAAACAAACACGAUUAAAGUUUUCAUGGUGAUACUUCCUAUGAUAUUUGCUUUGCUCAGCCUCUUUUUUUUUUCUUUCAUAAAUCCCUCUUUGUUUAUACUACAUAUAGAAACCCAAACAUACACAAAAGGUAACUGGUAAAGGAUGAAAACCUUUUUCAAAAAAUAUCUUCCUUAUUUAUAGUCAAACGAAAUUAUAGAGAAUGAUUUUUUACUCAACUAAUCUGAACUGAAAAACAGGUUGGCUGGUUCGAUAUAAAAAUUGUAAUGGUGUUCAUUUUUGGUUUGGUUGUUACUGGUUUAGUUAAACCAAAAUUUCUAUUUCUGGUUCGGUUCAGUUCAGGAUAGUGUUACAUUAAUAGAAAGCAAAAGUUGCGGCACUAUGAAAGUCAACGACACUCUUUAGUAACUGAUUCUCUCUGCCGUACACACUUCGGAUCUUUCUCAUCGUAAACGAGACGCAGACUCGAAAUGGCUACGAACUUGUCAUUCCUCAAUGCAACAGGGAUCUUGUUGCAGUCUUCAGGACAGAUUCGUCGGAGAUCACACACUGUUUCACGCAAAGAUCUUCCUGCACUCUCGGCUAAAGCAGUCUCUUCGCAGCGGCUUAGUUUAUCUCCUACUUCCUCAUUGUGGCCAUCUCGUAAUGAUGGCUGCGACGACAGGUUUCUCUCUCCGCCGGAUGUAUCUUCUCCGAUGAGAUCGGUGACUGUGAGAUCGCAGUUUAGCACGCCUCUCAUUGCUUCCAACGAUGAAUGGGGAACAUGGACUGCGCUCUUCGCCACUGGUGCUUUCGGUAUCUGGUCGGAGAAGACAACGGUGGGAAGGGCGGUGAGUGGUGCCUUGGUCAGCACACUAAUAGGGCUUGCAGCUAGUAAUCUUGGCAUCAUUUCUUCAGAUUCUCCUGCUUUUGCUAUUGUCUUGAACUUCCUGCUCCCAUUAGCUGUUCCUCUCUUGCUCUUCAGAGCUGAUCUCCGCCGUGUGGUCAAGUCCACAGGAAAACUUCUCUUGGCUUUCCUCAUUGGGUCAGUUGCGACAACGGUGGGUACAGUUCUGGCCUAUUACCUAGUGCCAAUGAAAGCACUUGGUCCCGAUAGUUGGAAGAUUGCAGCUGCUCUCAUGGGUAGGCAUAUCGGUGGAGCCGUCAACUAUGUUGCCAUAUCGAAUGCUCUCGGAGUUUCUCCAUCAGUUUUAGCUGCCGGACUUGCUGCUGAUAAUGUUAUAACUGCUGUAUAUUUCACGUCAUUGUUUGCUAUUGGCUCCAAAAUACCUGCUGAAGUCUUACCACCACCAACUAGUGAAGAGGCAGAGGCGAGAAAAGAUUCUGAAACUAAAAACAAGAUUCCUGUGCUACUCAUAGCUAUUGGAAUUGCUGUGUCAUUAGCUAUAUGCAAGGCCGGGGCCUUGAUAACAAAGUAUUUGGGGAUUUCAGGUGGUAGCUUGCCAGCAAUAACCGCGGUGGUUGUUGUUCUAGCAACUAUUUUCCCCUCCCAGUUUGCUCAUCUUGCUCCAUCUGGAGAAGCCAUGGCUCUAAUUCUGAUGCAGGUGUUCUUCACUGUGAUAGGUGCGAGUGGAAACAUAUGGAGUGUGAUCAACACGGCACCGAGCAUAUUCUUGUUUGCUUUGGUCCAAAUUGGGACACACCUUGCUAUCAUAUUGAGCGUAGGGAAGCUGCUCAACAUCGAGCUAAGGUUGCUGCUUUUGGCAUCAAAUGCUAAUGUUGGAGGACCUACUACUGCAGCUGGAAUGGCCACGGCAAAGGGAUGGAACUCGUUGAUCGUUCCUGGGAUUCUGGCUGGAAUAUUUGGGAUUGCCAUUGCAACAUUCAUAGGGAUUGCAUUUGGAGCGAAAGUCCUCAAGUUCAUGUGAAAUUGGUGGUAUGACUAAAUGGAAUGUACUCUAUGCUCUCUCUGUAUCUUUACAUUAACAAAGAAACAGUCUCUUCUCCAAUAAAAUAUCUCCAAUAAAACAGUCUCUUCUUCAAAUUUAUGAUAAGUUAAAUAUUUAUUUAA